GCUGUUCCAUCUGUUGAAGUCAGAACUGUGGAUGCAGAAGUCGAUGGCUCUGCUAACAGUGCAUCUGUUGAAGUCAGAACUGUGGAUGCAGAAGUCGAUGCAGAAGUUACUGUUCCAUCUGUUGAAGUCAGAACUGUUGAUGCAGAAGUCAAUAGCCCAUCUGUUGAAGCUGUUCCAUCUGUUGAAGUCAGAACUGUGGAUGCAGAAGUCGAUGGCUCUGCUGUCAGAACUGUGGAUGCAGAAGUUACUGUUCCAUCUGUUGAAGUCAGAACUGUGGAUGCAGAAACUGUUCCAUCUGUUGAAGUCAGAACUGUGGAUGCAGAAGUCGAUGGCUCUGCUCCAUCUGUUGAAGUCAGAACUGUGGAUGCAGAAGUCAAUUGUCCAUUCGUUGAAGUCAUAACAGUGGAUGCAGAAGUCACUGUUCCAUCCGUUGAAGUCAGAACUGUGGAUGCAGAAGUCGAUGGAUCUGCUGUUAAUGGUCCAUCGGUUGUAAUCGGAACUGUGGAUGCAGAUGUUACUGUUCCAUCUGUU